AUGUUUUACCGUUUUUUAAAUGGACGAAUUGGGCUUCGUUUGCGAGUUGCAGUCGUAGCAGGGCUCCGCAAAAGAAUUUUGCUUAACCAAAUUCCGCAAAGAUACAACAGAGGCUGUUUAUAUUCUACUUCAGCUGAACCUGCAAGGCAAACAGAAACAACCGAAGACGAAGAUGAACCGAAAUCGUGGAGAGAGAACCCACAUUUGAAGUAUUGGAUUCUUGGUACUCUUGGCAUAUCUGGCACAAUUUAUUACUACGUUCGUAAGAAUCACGAAACGAAACGAGUGAUAGUCAAGUCUUUCCCCCCUGUCCCCACUCACUAUGCACAUCCACGUGAAAGAGAGCUUUCAGAUCUUUUAUCUCUCCAUAAUCAACUCAAAAAGGGCGGAACACCGACUGUUUUAAAUAUUGUUGGCAGCCCAGGCUCUGGUAAAACCCAGCUAGCUCGGUUAUUUGCAGAGAAACUUUUCGAAGAUGAAGAGAAAAGCUUUCACUUUCUUCCAGGAAACCUUUUGUAUGGAACAGUUAAUGCUUCGUCUCUAGAUAGCUUUCUUUUUGACAUUAAAAGAUUUGCAAUUUCUGUUGGCUGCCUUGAGAGUGACUGGACUUCAAAAGCAGGAGAAGGGGUGCAGUUCAAUAGUUUGUCCAAAAUUAAGCAGUUAGAUUGCUUUGUAGAAGCAGUAAGAGAAAAACUUCACAAUAGCCAAGCAUGGAUCCUCAUUUUGGAGAAUUUAAAGGACACUGAUAUUUUGAAUCAAUGGUUUUCUAGUGAUUCAAGGAAAAUUUGGGGAAAUGGAACUAUCCUUGUUGCUAGGGAAAUGAAUGCCAGAAGAGACUCGUUGGUUAACAAUACCUACAAUGUUGAUGAAGGGUAAGUAAAAGACCAUGGUACUAGUAAUAAUAUCCUUCCAUAGGACACAACCUGACAGAACUGUAUCACCCUUAGCGAUGUCAGUAUAUUGAUAUUAUGGGAGAAGGUUAAGUAUAAACACUCUCUGAGAUCUGCAUAAUUCUUCAGAUUAUACGUAAGCCAAAUCCAGUAAUAUCUAUUAGUAAAAUCCAACUAGUGGUCUAUCAUCAAUGCUGUGCUUUGAUUGGUUGAGCUACUACUAGGCUAUAUGUUAUAGCCCACUAGUAGCAAAAAGUGUGGGCUUCUUGGCGACAAAAAAGGAUUGAAGUCUACCUUUUACCUAGCUAGAAUUUUUUUAUUCUUGAUAUUUUUGACCAACUAGUUGGAUUUUACUAAAACAAUAAUUUUUAUUAUUAUUCCUCUCGCCCUCAGGGCCUCUGAGUCAAUUGACUCAGAGCCCAUUCGGGCUCGAGGAAUAAUUGUUAAUUAUUCAUUCAAAAUCAUUCUUAGUUUAAAAACAAGCUAAAACAUGCUUACUUCGAUCUAUGUUAAGUUUCCAUCGUCAUUUGCUUGUUUCUCGGCAAGUUCAGGUCAUAAAAGGAUGUUUAGUUUAGCACAUACUUUUCAAAUAGCAUGCGUCAUCUGUCAUGUUGUAUUCUUGCAGUUCUUGCUAUUUUUUAAGGCAGCAGUUCGGCCUUGUCUUUGUCAUGAAAUAAGCUAAUUCUUCCGCCAUUUUCUACUGCUCUAAAAGCGAUCUUUCAUACAUCUCAUGAUCUGUCCAUGUUUCUUUUUGUAAGCCAUAGUUCUCCAUUGUUUGCUGGUCAGAGUUUAUUUUUGGUGUUGUUUCUUUGGAAGGAUUUCUAUCAAGGUCCAAAAAAAAGUAUCUUUACUUCCAACUUACUUUCAUGAAGUUUUAAUUUUUGAGCCAGUAAGGUCAUUUCUAUCAUUCUUGUACAUGCAGUAAUGCGUGACCUUUGGAGCCGAAGGGACUGGGGUCGAUACCUGUUAUCUCCCAUUCAAUUAAAACAUUCAAUUAAAAUGUCAAAAAAAUGCAUAACUUUGAAACAACUAGCAUUUUUAAAAUUCCAUUUUAUGGUAAUUUUGUUAUGACAUUCGCUUGCUUAAUUUUUGCAAGAAAUUACAAUAGUUCCAGGAGAGUAUUUUUGAAAGUUUUAACUUUGCCUGUGGCCUCCAAACCAGCCUUAUGUGCUAUAAAGCACUUAUAGCACAUAACAAAUGGUGACAAAAAGGGCACAUGCUGAUUAGAAGUUGCUACACAACAUGACUGCCUUGAAGAACGAUUUUGUUUUGUAAGCACAUGGCUUUUGUGUAGACUAUUCAUCGCCAGUAAGUUCAUGUCCUCUCAGAGGACUAUUUUUAAAAUUUGAAGGUACCGUUUAAAGGCAAUCGGAUGUGCAAAUUUCAUAUCUUCUUAGAAUAAUACUAACAAGUUACUGUUUAUGUCAACUUGUUAGAUUACAUUCUAUUCAAACCUCACAGUUUUUUUUAAAUUUUGGUUUCUUCUAGAAUGGGUGCUGAUGAUGGAGUGAUACUUCUAUCUAAGUUAAGUGGGUUUGAUGAAGAGAAAAUGACAGCGGGAACAGAUGUUGUUAAACUACUGAAUGGUAACCCUCUAGCUCUUACAAGUGCUGGCCAUUACAUGCGAUCAAAAGCUGCUAGAAACCCUGAUUACUCCUGUGCAGACUUUCUAAAUGAGGUACAACACAAUUUGCAGAAGUUUGUAAGUGCAAAGUCUAAUUCGGAGUUGGACGUCUUGCGUGUAGUCGUUGCCAUGGAAACCAAAAAUCUUGUCCAAGAAAAUCCCCAUCUUCUCCACACUUUUGACUUUCUUGGCACAUGCAACCCUGAUUGGCCAGUUCCAUUGACACUAAUUGCACUGCAUUUAAGGACGCCUGAUUUUAGCCUUCCUCCAGUGACUGGAAGUGGACCUGUGCUGCCAAGCCAACAGCAGUCCAGCGAUGCUGAAAAGGAAGACAGUACAGGAGAAGCAGAAGAGAUGUUUUUGUCCAUCAAGAGGCUCGCUAAGAAUUUAGAGUCCUUUAUGACUGCAGUGAAAAAUAAUAUAGAGGCUAUCAAGGCAAUGCUCAAUCCUGAGCUUCCAGAUAUGCCUCAGAUGUCUGAUGGGGUGGUUGAGAUGUUAAAGGCAUGUCCAUUGCUGUCUGUGGUGAAAAUAGAAAACAUGGGUAAGGUUAAGAAUACCCAUUUAAAAAAAUAUGUUAGUGUAAAUUCCAUAUAGACUGGAAGAUAGCUUUUUUGUAUUGCUUGUGGCUGCUGGAGAACUUCUUGCAUAAGGGAUAACAGUGUACUAUAUUGACAAACCUUUUCAUGCCACUUUUCUUUUGGAUGCUUAUGUUUUCAAUUUCUCAAAGAAAAACAAUGGACCAUAUAAAUCACUUAAGGUUUAGGGUAACAUCAUAAGACUAUAUUGUGACUAUGCAAGAUUCUCAGACUCCCGAAACAGAUAAGGCCUCUUGGCGAGUACCUGUUCAUUUGAGACUUGGACGCACCGGUCAGCUCUUAGCCAUUUUUUCCCUGUCCUUAGUAACAGUUCCAGAAAUCUCUGUUUAAGUUAACUUCGCCUGAGUAUUUUCCCUCUUUUCUUCUAAAGUAGAGAAUUAGCCAUUAAUUUCUCAUUUGAAGGUAAAAGUACUAUGGAAUACAGAUGCAGAUGCAAUCAAAGCCAAGAGGAAUAAGUGACAUAAAGAUAAAAGAAAAGUAAUAUUGCCAUAAUUUUGAAAUAAGGUAUAUUUGCCUUCACGUAGCAUGGGAUGGGGAGCACUGCGUGACUCUGGCCCAGAGCAGCUGCUAAGGAGACUAGUCUCAGCCCUCAGACUAUUUGUUAAGUUUCUAAACAGCGAUUUUGUUGGUUUUUGCUAGGUGUGGAGACAGUGGUGAUUAGUCCUCUGGUGCAUUCAGUCUUUCAGCAACUCUUCUUGUCCAGGACAAUGUACCUUCUUGAAGCUAAAUACCUGAAACAAGCAGAAGACAAGCAUAACUCAAGCUCGUGGUUUCGCCGCUUGUGGAGUUUUGACGCCCAGAGGACCAUCCAAGAAUACCGCAAUUCCCUCGGAGAAGUGUCACGCAAUCUGCCUGUCACCCAACCAGACCACGCCCCUGAUCAAGUAGCCCUCCCACCCUUCUCAGGGCCAGAUGUCAGCCAGUUGCUGGCAGAUAAUGAGGUGAAGGGAAAAGAAGAAUACAGAAAAAUUAAGCCUCAAGACGCAGUUCGCCACUGUCAACAACACACAGCGCGUAUUCUGAAAACAGUCAAUGGCGUAGCUUCUGUAUGUGGGCAGGACAAUCAAACACGCACACUCGCCCGACUCCUCAGGCCUCAUCUUGAUCACAUCUUAGCCGCUGGAACAUCGAAGAGCCUGGGUCCUAGGAGUCGCGCCCAUACAAUUUCGGCUGUAGCAUCCAUAGACGCUUCUUUCGGAAAUCUGGAGUCCAGUCGAGGAUUACUGGAAGAGGUGCUGAGAAUUGAAACCGAGCUGUAUGGUGAAUCGAGUCUGGAGGUGGCGUCCACUCUGACGCGCUUAGCUGACAUUUACAGCUCAUUAGACGAUCUAGCGAGGUGUCGAGAGCUUCUAGAAAGGGCACUUCACAUUUACGAAGCUCAACGAAAGAAAUUUGGUGAAUACAAACAGCCGCUUGAUUAUGCCCGCACUCUUUCUGCCUUGGGUGCUACAUACGGGAACUUAGGCUUUAAGGAGAGAAGUCGCGACUACAUUGAACGAGCCUUCUCGUUUAUGCAGUCAGCGGCACCUACCAACCCAGAUGAAGUAGAAACCCGCAGAUUCACAAGCGAUGUGGCCAGCACGCUCACUGAUCUAGGGCAUGCGUACCUUUCUCUCGGCGAAACCAUGCCGGCGCGGCGAUUUCUGGACAUGGCUUUAAACGGACAUAAGACCAUUCAUGGUGAUGAACACCCGGAGGUUGUGAGAACUCUAACAGUUCUUGGUAUUGCUUACACCAUGCAGGGAAAUUGGCCCGAGGCCAGGAAAAUGAGGAAAGAGGCUGGCAAGCUUCAGGCGAAGCUUGAUGCAAAACCUUCGAUAUAGAAUAAUAAGAAAACAAGGUGAAUUUGCAAGCAAGGGACAUGGAACAGACUCCGAAAGAAAACUGC